AGAAAGACAGGACACACUCAGCUGAGAGACUCUUCAGAGAGAGAACAUCGUAUAUACGUGCGAGAGGGAGUGCGAAAGCCAUUUGGACACGGUGCUGAAGAACCGCUCACUCCAGUCGGAGGAGGUGAAUCGGUCACGACACGCGCGUUUCCUUCUUGCCAUUCAUCCGCUUGUCGCUCUACGGGAAGAAAGACAAACAUUAAGACUUCAGUUGAUUUUGGUUUUUAUUUCCCCCUCAUCAGUUUCUACCAUAGUUUUGGAUUGGCAUCUUUGCGCAAUCGACUGUUGUGCUCUCGUCCGUACCUCGCUGUGUUAUCCCGGCCUUAGUUCGGUUCGUGAUUUUCACUUGUGGGAGACAUUCGCGAUACCAUCAACGUCUUGUUCGUAUAUCCAAUCUCGAAUUUCAUUCGAAAACCCCGGCAAGUCAAUCGACGUGUUUCGGCAGAGAUUUCACGUUGGACAUCACGCUGAACCGGGAAGAUAUUGGACUGGACAUCGGAGCCAUGAUGGACAGUCAUAGUGGUGUGAACCAACUAGGCGGAGUGUUCGUCAGCGGCCGGCCUCUACCCGAUCAGACGCGUCAAAAGAUCGUCGAACUGGCCCAUUCAGGUGCACGGCCAUGCGAUAUUUCACGUAUUCUUCAGGUCUCCAACGGUUGCGUUUCCAAAAUACUUGGAAGGUACUACGAGACGGGAUCCAUCCGGCCACGUGCAAUCGGCGGCUCCAAGCCACGGGUGGCCACCAACGACGUGGUUGGCAAAAUCUCGCAAUUCAAACGCGAAUGUCCGUCCAUCUUUGCCUGGGAAAUCCGUGACCGCCUACUCCAGGAGGCCAUCUGUAAUAACGACAACAUUCCCAGCGUUUCAUCCAUCAACCGUGUAUUACGUAACCUGGCGGCGCAGAAGGAACACCAGCAGCAGCACCAACAUCCGCACCAGCACGUUGCCAUCCCUUCACCGGAUUCGGUCUACGAUAAACUCCGGAUGCUUAACGGGCAAUCGCAAUGGCCGCGAACCAACACAAACACCUGGUAUCCGAAUGGGAACGGUGCUGGUUUAGGUUUAACCACCGGAGUGGGAGCGGGUAGUCCACCUUACACCCCGUUGCCUGGAGCAACGAGCCCGGAUCAGACCCCGCUGUGUCAUCAAAUAUCCAGCAACGACGGAUCUUAUAACCACAAGAAAGGCGGUGACGAUGUGAUGUCGGACGACGGUGGCGUCAGUUCCGGCGAGAAUUCUCGGUCGGCUCCGCCCACGCCGACGACAACAACACCUUCGGACGACGAUCAGGCUCGACUGCGACUCAAGCGCAAACUCCAGCGCAACCGCACUUCCUUCACCAACGAACAGAUCGAGAGCCUCGAAAAAGAAUUUGAACGGACUCAUUAUCCCGAUGUUUUCGCGCGUGAAAGAUUGGCUGCCAAAAUUGGACUGCCCGAAGCUCGGAUUCAGGUUUGGUUCAGUAACCGACGAGCAAAAUGGCGUCGUGAGGAGAAAUUACGGAAUCAACGGCGUGGACCAGAACAACAACAAUCGUCGUCGCAACAGCCGGAUCAAGUCAAUCCCCAGCAGCAGCAACAACAACAGCAACAACAGCAGCUGAUCCCUGUGGUUGAACCUGCACCCAGUUCGCCCCGCAGUGUUUCUCAUUCCGCCAAUUAUCCCAGUGGCAUUUAUUCAUCUUUGGCCACUACCAUGAUGACUGAUACAUACAGUUCCGCGUUUAAUGGAAUGAAUUCAAUGAACGGAUUUGGUGCAAUGGGGCACCAUCCGGGCGGUCACGGUGCCGUGGGUCCCGUUGCAGCGGCCGCGAUGACCCCAGUAACUCCGGCGAUGAGCCAUAUUGGGGCCGUCCCACCAAUCGGUACUGGCGGUUGUAGCCUUCAACAACAACAGCAGCAACAGCAGCACCAACAACUGCAACAACAGUCGUCUCACCAAGCUCAGCAACCACGGGACCAUCAUUCCGCUCAUUCUGCCCACUCAUCAGGUGGCUACUCUUGCAUGAGUCGGAUGUCCGGUGGUUACGACAUUUCGGCGUAUAACCGCCAUCAUCCGCACUUGUCGCAUUCCAUGGGUCAAGUAAGCGGCCCAAUCGGACCGACAGCUACGUCGGUUUCCAAUUCGCUUGCCCACAAUUAUCAUCAGUCCGUCAACAGCCAAUACGGAAUGCACCACAACAGUCACAACUCCGCCACCGGUUUAAUCUCGCCAGGAGUUUCUGUUCCAGUAGCCGUUCCGGGCCAGCCGACUGCCGAGAUGCAUCACCAAUACUGGACUCGACUGCAGUAGACUUAACAAAAUGCUUGACUUUUACUCUGUUCGUGUAUGAUGGAUCCCUUGACGAACGGUAUACAAGACAACAGAGUUUAAAAAAAUAAAAAUAAAUUAAACACAUAGAACAAAAGAACAAACAAAACAAAAAAUAUUUAAAAAAAAAUUGAUUACAAAAGCAAACAAAUAAUGAAUAAGCAUUCAAAAAUAACAAACAUACGUGUUUACAUGACGUACUUUUUAUUGUUCAACACUUGACAGUGAAAACUGGUGUGGGACCAUAUUGCUUUUUUCUGUUUCAGAAGUAUUGUAUAACUGAAUAUGUUCUCCUUUCGUGCUUUGUUUCAAUUAUCAUUCUUGUCCUCUUUUUGCUCGUCGCCUACCCAUUUCAUGUUGAAAUGUUUCUUCAUUGUUCCAUUUGCUUCUGAUUUGCUAUUGGCUUCGUGCCGCCAAGUCACAAGAAAGACGUGCCACGCAGACAAAAGGACGACAGUGACGUUGGCGGCCAACUCUACUGGUGAUUCGGCAGCUCGCUGAUGACAUGUGUCAUCGUAACUUUGAAACUUUGCGUUGUGGAACUGGGUUAAAACGCACAUUUGUAUUUUUCUUCCCAUGGUGUCGUGUCAUUAUGUAUCACUUUGCAGAGCAAUUACAAACAAGAAAAAACAAAAA